ACGAACAGCUGAUAGGCAAGCAUUGUAAUCAUGACAAGAUAACGUUCAAUUCGUGUUCAAAGUGGCGUGUCCUCUGUUCAAUGUUCUCUAGUUGAUUAAUAGUUUAUUAGUUUUUAGUCUAGCUUGUAGUUUAUUUCAAUAAUAAUGGCUAUUAAAAUUACGAAUAAUAACAUUGUUACAAUCUCUUCUACUGACGCCUUAAAAAUUCACAUACUCUCGUUUUUCUGGGGUGUUUGGUGUAUUUUAAGAAAGUUUAUGAGAGAAGUAUUGUACAACGCUAAUCCUCAGUUGAAAAGGGAUAAUCCACCCACAUGUCUUGUUGAUACAACCCUUGGACAACACUCGUAUGUCAAACUAAAGGGAGUAAAACUGCAUUACCUAGAGGCAGGUCGUAAAAAUGGUCCUGUACUUUUGCUGUUACACGGGUUUCCAGAUUGCUGGAUUAGUUGGAGAUUUCAAAUACCGGUGUUGGCUGAACAUUACAGGGUAAUAGCAUUAGACUUGAAAGGAUUCGGAGAUUCCGAUAAACCUGAAUCUCGAAAAUGCUAUCGACUGGAUGUGCUGCUGUCAGAGCUGAAGGAGCUGAUUGCUGCCCUCGGAGUGGAGAGCUGCAGCAUUGUUGGUCACGAUUUGGGAGCUCUGAUUGGCUGGUUCUUUGUGCACAUGCACCCUGAAAUGGUCGACAAAUUCGUUUCAAUUUCAUGUCCGCAUCCAAAUCUCUAUUGGAAUUAUCUUCCGAGCUCCAGUAUUUUCAAUACAAAUUGGAUCCACUAUAGUCAGCUACCUCAUCUACCAGAGUUAGAUGCAUUGAGAGAUGAUCUAAAUAUAAUCAACAAAUGCUUCCAGCAUCUGUCAGUGAAAGAUGUUUCAAGUGCCUACUUAGAUGCAUACAAAUACUCAUUUUCGAGGAAAGAGGACUGGACAGGUCCAAUCAACUACUACCGCAACCUGCCGUUUUGGCGCGUGAACGUGGCUGUGGACAGUGAUGCCAACCUGCGUGUGCCGGUGCUCAUGAUGGUUGGCAAUCGUGACAGCAGCGUGCAUCUCGAGAGUGUCAUCAAGUCGACUGACUUUGUCGAUAAGUUCUCGCUGAAAGUGAUCGACGGCGCCGGCCACUUCCCGCACCAGGAGAAUCCCAAACAUGUCAACAAGAUUCUGUUUAGCUUCCUUGUUGGCAAUAUUACCCCACCUGUAACUCCAGCCCCUUCAGGAGGCCUAGUCUAUCGUAUGUUCGGCGCAGUCUCCUCCACAAUGAAAUACGGCAAUCAAAUGAUGGAUGUAGUGUCCAAGCGGUCCAAUGGAAUCACAUCCAAAGCUAUAACUGUAGGUCAAGGUGCCACCUAGAAUAUCUUUCAAUAAUCACUAUACAUUUUAUAAUUAUUCUAGAUUGAAAGAAGUCGCAAUCUAUUUAUUCUAGUUUGAUCCAGUGUUGCAUUUUAUCAAACUUUUUGUUGAUUGAAUUUUAAAUUCAGGGAUACUACUAGGCUUGUUAGUAGGUAUGAAUCUGUUCACCAGAUAUUUUUACCAUUCAAAUAUGCCAACUCAUCCAUAUUACUAACAUUCCGUUUAAGAGGUAUUUAAACAAACCAUUUUAGCAUUUAAGUUUGCGUGUGCUUAUUUUGUCAUACGGGAAGUCUCACAUGCACAGUUAAAGCUUGAUUAUAAUCUGUGGUUAUAGCCCCAUUAUAAGAGGUGUAAUUGAUAUUGAUAUACAUUCAGUAAUUUAUGCCUGCCCCAUAGUUAUAAUUAUUAUUCAUAUUUUAUAAAUAAUGUUACUUUUUGGAAGGGAUGAUCUGAAGCUCGAAAAUUCCAUAUUGGAAAUCACGUUAAUGUAGUUCAUUAUAUUAUGUAGAGACUAUUCAUUGCGUUAGACCUCCAACAUCACAGUGUUUGCUCAAUAUAAUCUAAAUAGAAGAUUAAUCUCUAGUCUAGUCAAGAAAAUGUUAGUCAUACCAAGUUAUAAUAGUCCUGCUUAAUUGAAAGUGAUGCAUGGACUGAUAUAUUUACUGAAACUCGGAAAAUCUAUGAGAUAAUGCUUGUAAAAAUUGAUGUCAAAUUCUUCUGGAAAUAUCAUUCCAGUUAUAAAUUGGAUAUCCUAUCUCUAAUACCUAGCUCCUUCAAAUUAAUGGAAUAGUUCGUUGCUUUGAACGUUACUGCUCUGUGCUCUUAAAACACAUUAUUUAUUAACACAUUUCCAAAUGAAACGAUCAAUUUCAUAAUCUUCCAAUUAAAAUUAGAAUUCUACUUGACAUUUUUAAUUGCCCAUGCAUCCCUUAUUCUUCAGCUACUACUUGGUGAUUCUAAUCUGGUUAGAUGAAUUCCUUGUACUUGUAACAUGCAUCCAUUGAAGGGAUACUGAAAGUCUGAAUUACCGGAAUUUGGGGCCAUUAAAUUGAGACUGAUCUUCAUCUGCCAUGGAUUGGUAUCAUUUUGAAAAUAUACUUGUUAUUUAGUCAUAAUAUUAUCCUAAAUAGUCAUAACAUUAGUCAGUAGAUGAAAAGAAUAGAUUUUAAGAAUAAAUUUUAUUUAUAAAUAAAAAUUAGAAAUCCAAAAAAUGAAAAAUACAAUAAUUUUUAUAUAUAUAUUAUACUGUUGGAAUAGAUUUAUAGAUGUUACAGAUUUCCUAAAUAGUUUGUUGUUAUUAUUAACUGACAUGUUUUUAAAUAUAUUGAAA